AUGAUCACAUGGCAGGCGCCAUACUGGAUCCGCCUGAUCCACUUGAUCCGCUUCCUCCACUUUGCUCUUGGUCAAAUCAGCAAACUGACCAAUAACCCUUGGGAUUAUCGAGCCAUUGCUGCCGCUCCGAGACCUGCCGCCGUCAAUGGCGAACAGAACAUCAACAAUGUGGGCGAGAAAGAGACUGAACAGCUUUCACCCUUAGGAUCGCCAUCUGCUGACUGCGCAGCCUGUGACCAGCCCCUUCAUUCUGGCCAAGUCCUUUUGGCUCUAGGACUAUCCUGGCAUGUCUAUUGUUUCAAAUGCAGUGAAUGUGGUGCGGUGCUUCAUGGUGAGUACAUGUCGCAUGAUGGAAAGCCACUCUGUAUACGGGACUACAACGAAAAGCAUGGUGUUAAAUGUUAUGAAUGCCAUAAGUUCAUCGCCGGGAAAGUUUUGCAGGCAGGCGGGUACAAAUUUCAUCCAACUUGUGCGAGGUGUUCUCGAUGUGGUUUACAUUUUGGUGAUGGUGAGGAAAUGUACAUGCAAGGAGACGAAAUAUGGCAUCCAUCCUGUGAACAUUCUCGCACUACUGAAAACAUAGCGCCAUCAGCGAAAAGCACAACGUUGUCAUCCCGAAAUGAGCCGAAGUAUCAGUCAGCUUUUGGCCAGCAUCUCACUUAUAUGUAUCUAUUACCCGAAGCUGAGCAAACUUAUCUUCGUCACCCCAUCACAAAUCCGAAAGAGCCCAAUGCUCCGCAGUUUCAUGUACCGCAAGGACCUAUCAAAAUUAGAAAGUCUCGUCUUUCUAUGCUCAAAACAGGAAUGCAGCGACUUACGGAGGAUCUCGAGAAGAAUGUUCCUCGCCCGAAAUCACCUCACAUGGAUAAUGAGGAACCGAUCGAAAUGGCGCAUUACCCUGCCGGUCAUGCGCCUGAUCCUGAUAAGCUUCCUGCAAUAGAGCGAGACGAUUUUCCUGCCCCACCGUAUCCUUAUGCUGUCGAAGAAUUAAAACGGCGUUUGUCGACGUCUUCCAUCGAGAAUGAAAUUUCUGAUGAUGAAUUAUCUGAAAGCGAGCGGAUUGAUGAAGACAAGCUCAAGAAGACUGUGGAACAAUUAGAGAAGUUUGACGAUUCGUCCAUUGCACAUGUCAUCAAGCAAAAUAUAGAGGAGAGCCACAAGAAGCAAAGGUUACCUCUUCACUGGGAUCCUCGCAAUGCAAGUCGUACUCCAUCAGCGAAAAAGAUGCCACAUUUACGCUUUCGCUACGACGUUCCUAUCAAUGCAUCGCCUUCUCGUCACCUCAAUCGUCCCCGACCCUGGGUGGCCUGGCAAGGUGGAGAGCGAUCGCAGGGUAAUACCUUGCCUUGCUUCCACAUCCCUGAAAGCAGAGGGAGUACGAUGCGUGCAGCUACUAUGCCAACAAGUUAUAAUUAUGGAACUCUCUCUAUGGAAAAUCUGGACACCACGAUUAGUAGCAAUUUUUCCGACCAUUCAUUGGCGGGCACUCUGGGUACUGGUAUGAGAACAGUUGGCGAAAUGCGUUCUACACUGCGAUCAUCACUUCCUGAUAUGAGUAAACCUGCAAAAAUAUACGACCUUGCCGUACUGCAAACAACUAACAAAAAAUUGCCCGAAGAUGCUGAUAGAACUGAAGAUUCUGCAGCAGUAAACUGGAACUCUCAGGCGGAGGGCUGUUUAUUUGAACAAAAAGAGAUACAUGAAAAUCUGUUGAAUGUUCUGGCGUAUGACUUGAUAUUCGUUGCUGCUAAGGACAUCAUCUACUGUAUGGAAGGCGACCAUCCAUCCCCACGACCACGAAAGGUGCUCGGCGGUUCUCUUAGCAAUAUACCUCGACCUAAAGUGGCGAGACGAAAUAAUGUGUCGCUGACAGAAGCAAGAACUCAGGAUGCGCGCCCACCAAGUAGCACAGCACAUCGGUCUACGUUAGUUACCUGCGAAGAUGCACGUACAGAAGAAUUGCGAACGAAAUUUCAGACUAUGGAAGCUGAAGUCAAUAAGCUGACUGCCGAAAACGAUCUCAUGAAGAGCCAGAUUACACUGAAGAACCAAAGCAUAACUACUCUACAGAAUGCAUUCAUUCGAGAAGAACUUGCGUUGAAAGAGACUCAGAUUGGCACUAUGCAAGUGACACUGGACGCGGAAAAAUCGAAUCGAAUGAUGACAGAGCUAUCUAAGAAACGGACUGAACUCCUCGAGAAGGAUGAGACAAUAAGAACUCGAAACAGUUAUGUGGUCGAUCUAAAAGGACAGAUUCGAGUUGUAGCACGCGUCAGACCUCCACUUGGAAAAGAAAGGGAUGUUCCUACUACUCACAUCAGCUACCCCGCAAUAUCCUCAAUCAAGCUGGAUCAGGGGAAAUUAUCGCAAACCUACGACUUCCAAAGGGUUCUUGGUCCAAACAUGACUCAGGCAAGAUUGUUCGCCGACGUGGAGGAGUUGAUUUUGUUUGACUUCGAAGCUUCAUUCGUGGAAGUCAGCGCAGAAUUGAGUAGGCCGCAGCGCCACUCUACAUCUCGCGACCGCUUUAAGGAAACGACAUAUAUCAAUUCCGCCUUGUCGAAUCUUCAAAACUGUAUUCGUAGUCAGCUGGAUAAGAGUACCCACAUCCCCUAUCGGAAUUCUAAAUUAACAAUGUUAUUAUGGGACUCGCUUGGAGCAGGCAAUUCCAAAACAUUAGUUAUUGUAACUCUGAAUCCAGCUAUAACACAAGCUGAGGAAACCAAAAGUAGCUUGGACUUUGCUCAGCAGAUGAGCGUCACAAAGAUUGGAUACGCCAAGAAACAAGAGCAAUGAUCUUUAAUCUUUUUCUCUUUAUUAAUUGGAUGUAGCACAUUUUUUCUGGUUUGCAUGCUCGGUCGCUAGGUAGACAUAAUACUCUCAAUCAUUUCAACGAUCUCUCAAAAACGAUCAAACUGUAAAUAUUCUGUGUGAUAUCUAAUUAUUGGCUAAAUAGUUGAUGUAUUGAAAAUUGGUGCUUAAAUGCUCUUUGUGACAUACGUUUAUUAUAAAAGGUUU